UAAAAUUUAAAAAUUAAAAUAGUACUUAGAAAAAAUAUAAGUUGGCGCUACUGUGCGAAACUGGUUAUCUGGGGAUUUUUGUGCUGAUUUGACGUACAGUGAUGUCAUCCCAGGCGUGGUGCUGAAAGGGGGCCGGGGAUUGGUUGCAGGUAAAAAAUGGUUGACGGUUUAGUGAAAAAUGAAGAUACACAAAUGUGAGAAAUUAGUGGUUAUUUUCAAUCUCAGAGUGUCAGAAAUUAGAAAAUUUUCUCCACAAUAAAACGACAUUUUCUUGUUAAAGGUAAACAAGAUGAGGAGAAGAAAAUUGUUCCCGGGUUUACUUUCAAAGUGUCUUAAGUGAUCGUAGUGUUUGUGUUUAUUCCAUUUUCGAACAGUAGCCAACAUGUCUUUUUUCAACAACAUUAAGAAAGUGCUUCAUUUUGGUGGUAACGAUGCGAAAAAGAAAAAAGUGUUUAAUAAUGUGCGGAUGGACUCUGAUCCGGAAGAGUAUUGGGACAUGAUUGGUGAACUGGGGGAUGGAGCAUACGGUAAAGUGUAUAAAGCCCAACAUAAACACACGGGGCAGUUGGCGGCGGCGAAAAUGUGCCGUUUGGACGGGGAAGACGACCUGUCUGACUUUAUGAUAGAAAUUGAUAUUUUAACUGAAACCAAACAUCCGAACAUUGUAGCGCUGCAUGAAGCCUUUCAAAAGGAACAGCAACUUUGGAUGUUAAUCGAAUACUGUGAUGGCGGGGCCUUAGAUAGUAUUAUGACUGAAUUAGAGAAACCUCUUAGUGAACUACAGAUAGCUUACGUGUGCCAAAAUAUGUGCAAAGGCUUGCAGUUUUUACACAAGAAUCAUGUCAUUCAUAGGGAUUUGAAAGCAGGGAAUGUCCUGCUUACAAUGGCUGGAGGAGUGAAAUUAGCCGACUUCGGUGUGUCUGCUAAAAAUAAAAGCACCAUGCAAAAGCACGACACAUUCAUCGGAACGCCAUAUUGGAUGGCACCAGAAGUCGUCCUCUGCGAGACGUUCCGCGACAAUCCAUACGAUUUCAAAGUGGACGUAUGGUCGAUGGGCAUCACCCUUAUCGAAUUCGCCCAGAUGGAACCGCCCAACCACGAGAUGUCUCCCAUGAGAGUGCUGCUGAAGAUCCAAAAAUCCGACCCACCCAAGCUCGAACAGCCGUCCAAGUGGUCGAAGGAAUUCAACGAUUUCGUUUCGACUUGCCUGAUCAAAGAUCCGCAAAAGAGACCGACUUGCGAUGAGUUGCUGAAACACCAAUUCAUUAAUUGUACUCUGGAUUCGAAACCCAUCAGGGACUUGCUCCUGGAGUACAAGGCGGAAGUCGUUGAAGAGGAACUGACGGAUGACGAUCCUGAGGACAACCGCACCUCUCAAGUUCCUCUGGAUAUAGAAGAUGACUCCACUUCCGUAAAGAGCAGCGAAGUUGACAAUAAAGUAAAUGACCUAGAAUCUCCCAUCAUUAACGUAGAAACAGAAGAAACUAUUAAAGAAAAAGCAUCUAAAGAAGACUUGACAGAUUCAACGACGACGGUAGCAAGCAGCGCAUUACAAAGUGAUAAAAAACAGGUCGAUAAAAAAGACGACGCUCAACGAAGAACCUCUCGUGAUAAAGGAAAAGCGCCACUGCCUCCAAUCCAGCCCCCGGCACAACCCUCAUCUUCUACAGAAAAACCGCCACCAGCACCCGUUCCUCCUGUUGUCAUUCCCAAUCUUCCAACACCUCCAUCUUCUCCUAUCACACCUCCAGCUACUCCGCCACAUUCUAGUCCGAUACAUCCAAAUGCCGUUAAUGUCGAUCCUGAUCAACAUAACGAAGCUGAGGUGAAGGAUGUGGAGAAGGUAGAGAUGAAGGAUAGUGUUGAAAGUAUUAAAGAAGUUUUGGAGAAGCAGUUGCAGAAGAGACAGUCAGACGAGAAAAUGCAGUAUGGUGAUGUGGCUGGUAGUGAUACUGUGACUGUUAGCGGUAAUACGGCGACGCCAUCACAAGGUGAUAAUGUUGGUAAUUUUGUGGUGGUGACGCAAUCGGAAAGGAAUAAAUUAAAUACGUCGACUAUUACAAUUAAUUCUGAUCUUCCGGAUCUUUCCAACAGUUUAGCUUCUAAUAUAAGCCAGGUAACCGUCGUUACCACGCAUCCGCCCGUGAUCAUAGACAAUACUCAAUGUCUAUCAAGAUCUUCAACUUCCCCUAGUAAUAGUACAAACGAAGUGGUAAUAGUAGCAAAUGAAACAAACAAAACUCACUUAGAGUCCUCCGACGACGAAUGUUACCCGUCUCUCGAUUCGCUCGAGUACCCCCCACCUACCGAAUUCCGAGACCAACGUCCACAAAAAACCAAAAAACUCGACGAGAGCGAAGUAUUAAUAGUCGAUUCGAGUUACGUCAUCGACUCCGGACUAGAAGUUUCCGACGAAAAUUCCCGCCUCUUGGACACUAGUCACGUGUCAGUUGUGAAAAUCGACGAAGAAAAAGUUCAAGUCAAAGAUUCCACUUCGUACUUGAGCGACAAGUCCGGUGAGAACUUCCGAAGUUCGACGAGCGAUUUGUCGAACGCUUCGUCGUGUAAGACCGGAAGUAGUAAGAGUGACUUCGGGGAUGAAGUCAGGACGAUCACUUUAGAAGGGUCGCAGUUCAAGAUGAACGGACAAAUCGUGCAUUCACCGAGUCGAGACGACAUUUACAAGAAGAGUAGUUUGAACGGGAAAGCCUACACUGACAGUUACGAGUCCGCGUUGAGUGAUAGAUCGCAUAGUGACUGUGGGUCUGUACGCAGUAACGAUUCCCACAGGAGACCGGUUUCGUCGAGCAAGAGCAUCGAACAUUCGGACGUUGAGAGUUUAUCGAUUGCUAGUCAUGAGAGUCGCGGAAGCAACGGAAAAGAAGCGAAGAAUGAUAGGUUGAUGGAGUUAGAGGAGAACGACGAUCCUGUAAUCUUGAGGAAAAGACCUGCGAAGUCGAAAGAAACUACAUUGUCUAACCUCAAUAGAAAGACGCGAAAGAGGACAAGGAAGUUUGUUAUAGAUGGCGUUUUAAUCACGACUACUACUAGCAAAGUGAUCGGUGAUGAAGAAGACUACAACCUUGCUGACCUCCACAACGACAGGAAGCAAGAAUUGCGCGAAUUAAAGUACUUGCAGAAACAAGAACAGAAGCAAUUCCAAGAUUUGGCGAUGAAAGAGAACUUGACUUUGGAGCAACAAGACAAGAAGUUCGAACAAGAACGAAUUACUCUAGAAAGAACGUACGAGAACGACUUGGAGAUGCUCAGUCGACAACAGAGAAUGCAAAUCGAGAAAGCCGAAGCUCACCAAGACGCCGAGCUAAGGACAAUGUCGAAGAAAAUCCGCGCCGAACAAGAACGCGAAUUGAAACUUUUCCGCGACGGGUUAAAACAAGAACUCCGACUACUUAAAGCAGAGAUCGACCUCUUACCCAAAGAACGUCGCAAGAUAGAGUUCAAAUUACGCAAAGAGAAAAUGGACGCGGAUCACUUGGACCGCGAGAAGGGUUUCUUGGAGAAACUGAACGAGAACCACGAAAGUUCGUUGAGGCGCUUGAGUGACUCUCAUCGCGAGAAGAUCGCGCUGAUGGAGAGGCAGUUCUUGCAGCAGAAACAGCAACUGACGCGGACACGGGAAGCGGCGCUGUGGGAGAUCGAAGAAAAGCAAAUCCACGAGAAACAUCAAUUGAUGAAGAGGCAGAUCAAGGAGAUCUUUAUUCUACAGAGGCAUCAGAUGUUAACGAGGCACGAGAAGGAGAAGGAGCAGAUUAAGAGGCGGGCGGCUCGAAAGGAGGAAGAGUUGUUGAAGAAGCAGACGGCGGAAAAGAGGUCGCUGCCGAAGAGGAUCAGGGCGGAGAGGAAGGCGAGGGAGCUGAUGUUCAGGGAGUCGAUGAGAAUCUCGAUUUCGGGGGCGAAUGAUCCGGAGGCUGAGAAGAACAAAUUUAAAGAGUUCCAAGAAAAAGAAAACAAACGUUACCAGGCCGAGCAGCAACGUUUCGAGCUCAAACACCAACGUCAGUUGGAAGAACUGCGCGCGAUGAGUGAUGCCACAAUCAAAGAACUUGAGCAACUCCAAAAUGAAAAACGCAAGAUGCUCCUCGAACAUGAAACCAUGAAGUUAAAACAGCGAGAAGAAGCGUUUAGUAAAGAGUUAAAAGAGUGGAAAGCACAGUUACAGCCAAGAAAACGAAAACUGGAGGAGACGUUUGCUCAGCAACUAGAAGAGCAAGAACGGGUCUACGGCCCAGUUUCCACUCCUUUGGUUUUACCACCGGACUUGCCAGACUUGAAUCAAGAAAAUUGCAACGUCGGCUUAGGUUCAACACGAAGUAGUUUGUCGUCCGUUUCGGAAGGAUAACUGCUCGUUAAACAGUAUACUCCAAAAUGUGCCUCUGUAGAUCCAGGGCGAACAUUAAUUACCUUACUCGUGUACAUAUUUAUUACACAGACUGAAAAAUCAUUUAAGAGAUUAUAUGAAAUGAUUUGUUUUUUGUUUCUUUGAAAUUGAAUUAAAAAAAAUCGAGGUGACCUGAUAAAGCUACUUAAAUUUGGAAUGCGUAUUGUAAAAAUUUAAAGGGAGAAAUAUUUUUCAGGUUGUUUACUGAAAAAAUCAACUAUCGUUAGCUUGCUUGCGAUUUAAAAUACUAGAUUAGUUUUACGGCAUUUUUUAUAAAAUAUUAAAUAAGGAAUUUGAGGAAUAAAUUGUGUGCAUUUAUAAUGAACAGACUGACAGGUUACACUUGUUAUGUUGUGAAAAUUUAGUAAGAUUAUACUAAUAGUUCAAAACGUGUAUCAUCUUUAUAUUAAGUAUGAUUUUCUUAAGAGAGGUAUCAAUCUAACAAAUGCUGAUUAUUUAAUUAUUUAACAUAAUAGUUUAUAUUGGGAUUGUUUGAGAAUUUAUAUCAUACGCUUGCACUACUCCAGUCUGAUGUAUAAAUACUAUGAUUAGUCUAUGUUAUUUAAAUACUAAAUUUUUAUCAAGUGUAUUCUAAGGUGUAUAUAUGAAAACCUGAUCUAACUCUAAGUUGACAAGGGCAGUGUGAUUUUAUCGUCUAUAUUUUGCCAAUUAUCAUACUGUUCUGUAUUAUUAUGAUGUACAGUCAGUGUAUUUUAUUUUUAUGUGCAUAUUUACCAGUAACUAUUCAAAUAAAUAAUUUAAAUAAGACCAUAA